UAACUGUGUCCUCCCUUCCGCACAGGAAACAUGGUGGAAUGGUGUUUACCUCACGAUAUUGACCUUGAAGGUGUUGAGUUCAAGUCUAUGGCCAGUGGGUCCCAUAAAAUCCAGUCUGAUUUCAUCUAUUUCCGGAAGGGCCCCUUCUUCGGCCUGGCCUGCUUCGCCAACAUGCCGGUGGAGAGCGAGCUGGAGCGCGGAGCACGCAUGAAGUCCGUGGGCAUCCUGUCUCCGUCCUACACCCUGCUUUACCGGUACAUGCACUUCUUGGAGAACCAGGUCCGACAUCAACUGGAGAUGCCAGGACAUUACUCCCAUCUGGCUGCCUUCUAUGAGGACAAGAAAGGGGUGCUCCAUGCUGGUCCCGGGAGGGGCGGCAGCCUGCCCCCCGUCUACUGGCUGCCUUCCAUCCACCGGUACAUGUACCCAGAGAUGAAGAUCACACACCCAGCUGGCUGCAUGUCUCAGUUUAUUAAGUUCUUUGGAGAACAGAUCCUCAUUCUUUGGAAAUUUGCCUUACUUAGAAAGCGCAUUCUGAUAUUUUCUCCCCCUCCUGUGGGUGUCGUGUGCUAUCGAGUAUACUGCUGCUGCUGCCUGGCCAACGUCUCCCUGCCCGGCCUCGGGGGCACCAUUCCCGAGUCCAAGCCUUUCUUCUAUGUGAACGUGGCUGACAUCGAGAGCCUGGAGGUAGAGGUGUCCUAUGUGGCCUGCACCACGGAGAAGAUUUUCGAGGAGAAGCGGGAGCUGUAUGAUGUCUACGUGGACAACCAGAAUGUGAAGACACACCACGACCACCUGCAGCCCCUGCUGAAGAUCAACAGCGCCGACCGGGAGAAAUACCGGCGGCUCAAUGAGCAGAGGCAGACGCUGCUGUACUCCCAGGAGGUAGAGGGGGACUACGGCCCAUGUGAAGAGGACCUCUUUGUGCUGUUUUUCCUCGAGCAAAACAACCGGAUAUUCCAGACGCUGCUGGAGGUGUCCGCCAGUCAGGACAAAACUCUGACAGCCGAGCACGCGCGGGGCAUGGGCCUGGACCCCCAGGGCGACCGCAGCUUCCUCAUGGACCUGCUGGAGGCCUACGGCAUCGACGUCAUGUUGGUCAUCGACAACCCCUGCUGCCCAUAGGAGGGGAGCCGGGCUGGUGAGCUGCUCGCGGGACUCCGCCAGGCCCCCGAGGGCUCACUUUUUAUUAAGUGGACACAAAGGGAUAUUGUUUAUACUUUCCAACCGAUGUAAUUUUUGCAAUCGCCGUUCUUCCCUUGCUCUGGAGAGGUGAGAUGAGACUGCCGUGGUUUGUGUGCUGCUUCGGCAGGACCCUGGAGUCUGCCGCCUUCUUCCAGAGUUGCUGCCUGCUUUGGUCUCGGGUGUUCUCAUCAGCGUUGCCUCUCUCCCCUCCUUGUUGAAUGCCCUGAGAUGCGGCAAAGGCCAAGUCUUGUAGGAGUGGGCUGAUCUCUGGAGACACAGGUGGGCUGUUCCGGAACUCUGUGUGGCCUGUGGCCCGCGAUGGAUUCAAGGAGGAAACCACGUCUUCCCUAAGUGUGAUUGUGGGUGUCCCCCGUGGCGGAAGCUAGACCAGGUGACCUUUCAAAGUCAUCAGUUCUGAGAGUCCAGGCUGGGGGUCAGAUCCAUUUUCCUGUUCAUUAGGACAAAUCUAUGUCUUCCUGUGAGUAGAGGUCUGAGUGGGACAGAAGGAUGUUUCCGACCCUGAUUACGAGCUUCUCCUGGGCCCGGGCCACGGGGAGAGGCUCCUUGUCAGUCAGCCUAGACUCCUCCCAGUUCUUGGCGACCACUCAGUGCAGUAGUCCUCCUCCUCAGAAUCCCCCUCGGGAUGGGUUGGCAAAUCCAUUUUCGAAUUCAGUCUCCUUUAAGGGCUACCCAUCCUCUUGGAAUAAUUUGGGUAUUUUCAAAGAGUAGCAUUUGUUGCCCAAAGAUGGAGGAAUUGAGGUGCAGGAUAGAAGAUGUUCCUUUAUCCGGGCGAGUCCUCCGGAGGCGUGACCCGUAGAGCCUCGGAUCAAAGCAAAGCCUCCCUGGCUUCUGUAAUCCAGCCAGGAUCUGAGCUGGUUAACACCGAGCUGAGAGCACAUUAGCAAGACCGUGGGCUGGCAUGGAGCCUCAGAGCUCCUCCUGCAGAGAGGACGUUCCUUGAGCUAAGUAACUGGGGACAGGGACCUAUCAGGUUUGUUAGCAAAUAUGACAGUGCCUUUCCUGGGAGAGCGUUCGGGAACCCAAGUAUCAGGUGAGUUUCUGCUUUCCUCUCAGAGGUUUCAGUCCGGACAGCUCCCAUCGAUCCCUGCCUGUUCGCUUUGGCUGGGCGUUCGACGGAUGGACGUCAGCUUCAGUGAGGUAGCGAUUGUGACAUAGGAAGCCAGCUCCUGUGAGUAGUUUUAGGGCCGUAAUUUAGGAUUUUGACUUAAGGAAAUAAUUCCUUCCCCUACCCCCUUCCUGCCUGGGUGUUACCGGAAUAGCCAUCAGUGUGUCGUGUCUGUGGCCAGGCUAAUGCACACAGCAGAGAGAAAUAACCUUCCAGUGGGUGAGUCGCAUGACUGAGCUGUUUUCACUGUGGCUCCUUCUGAAGGAAUUCAAGGCUACAGAGAUGCACACGUGGGACCGCCAACAGGCAUCGAGCCAUCAGGGCAGUGCCUUUUCUGUAAAUAUGUAAAUAAGUGUGGGCAUUGAAAUGUAGACUGUGCAGUACAUUUCUCUCCCUGCAGUCAUGUCAGUAGUAUGUGUGUUUAUAGAAGAAAACAUCCGUGUGCAAGCUGCCCUGCUGUUUUCCUAGAGGAGCGCCCUCUCUCAGCUCCGGGCGGCCUUCUCACAGGGCCGAGUCCUGGUUACUGUUGGUGGUGUGCGGAAGGUUCAGGGGUGCAAAGCUGGGGGUGGGUGGUCGGAGCAGGGGUGGGGGUGGAAGGGCAGGGCAGAUUCCCGUGGAGGACACGGGCAGACGCUGUUUCCGUGGAACUGGGGAGUGUGUUGGAAGAAUGCCUUUUCAGCCCUUCGGCUCCAGUCUGUGCAUGCAAACACUUGUGUCUGUGAUCUUAUAAACUCGGAGCUCGGAAGUGCUGAGGUACAGGUGGUGGGGUGAAAAUGAGGCUCCUGGAGUUCCCUUUGAAUGGUGUGUCAGGGGCUCUGGGCUUCGCUCAACUCCACUGCUGUGGGCAGCCAUCUGUCUGGCAUGUCCGUGUGUCCACCCUCAUGCCAUGCAGAGGGCUGGGGUCUGGGUGCCCCAGUGGGGAACACACACGAGGCUGUGCCAUGUCUUAGGUCAUGGGGAGCCUGGCCCCAGCUGACCCCAAAGCGGCACUUGUCUGUCCCCUCCCUGCCGGCCUUCCCUGCCCUGCAGCUUCCUCGUGGGACUGGAAAGUCGGUGUGGUGCCACCUCUGCUUGGCUGACCAGCGUGCACACUGGCUCUGUAUUCCCUUUGUCGCGGUUUGUCAUCUCCCGAGCAUUUCUUGCUUCGAUUGAGAUGUGCAGGUUCCCCGUUGAAAGCUUGCUGUGGACCUGACUGCCAUCCCCCUGCCUCCUCCCCACUGUCUUGCGUGGGCAGCCCAGCCCAGCAUGAUUCGCUGCCCGUUUCCUAGAAGGGGAAUGAGUGUGUGAGGUCUGAGGUAGGAAUCCUUGGGUGGCGGCGGCAGAAGCUGGAAGCCACCUGGGUUUGGUUUUCUGUCCCUGUUGAAAUACUGAGAAACCAUCGCUUUUGUUUGGAAGAUGUUGGUGAGCAUCCUUUGAGGUCCUGCCUUCCCGGUCUGUAAGCUGGGAUGCCUAUCGAGACCACUGACCUGGAACCUGUUGGAAACCUAACCUGGGGUGUGGCCCCUUGACUGAGGGCUGUUGCUGGAGCAAACCCUCCCUGGUCCCACUGGCCUGGUCCCUUGGGCAACUUUCAACCUGAGCUUGUGUCGUGCUGGGAGCCGGGAACCAUCCUGGGAACUGCUGACCUGAGAUUCCUGGGCUGCGCUGACAUCCUGAGGUCGCGUUGGAAGAAACUCCAGGUUGCGAGAAUCCUGGUGAGACCUAAUCCAGGCAUGGGGGUUACUGAUGUUAAAGUGGGUUUUUCAAGUUUGCAGGCUUGGCAGAUGGCAGUAGUCAGCCUUUGCCACCAUGUCCAGUUGUCCUCUAGCUCGGGGCUGCCUUUGGAAGGACUCAGAAAUGGUCGGGCUUAUCGCCUACCAAUUGAAAAGUCUGGGCCACGAUGUUGAGAAUUUGCUUUGGCUUUCGUGGAGCAUGACGUUCUGCCCAGUUGGGGCCCUGGGCCUCAGUAAAUUGUGACUCCAUGAGUUAGGAGGCAUGUGCUUCCCAAAUCCUUCAUCCAUGCGACACCUCUUCUUGCAGUUGGCUGGGGCAGGGAAGCCGAAUUCAUGGGUGUAUUUAUUGGUGGAAAUAAGUUAGCAUAGGAAUUUGCAUCUAUAACUUGACCUUGUUUGGUUCCAUGUGAAAGUCGAGAUGGGGAAUUUAAGUAUAGCACGGGGUGUAGGUAAUUCUAAAUACCGUGUGUGAAGAUUCAUUUAUCAGUGAAACGGCCUGUAAUAUUUCAGCUAGAGGAUAAGACAAAGCUCAAUUAAAUCACAGCUGAAUCACUGUUUCUCCUGCUGGUGGCCAGGAGGAGCAGCCAGCUAUUUGUCUUGAUACAUCGAGAGCCCUUUAGGCACAAUAAAAAGAGGAGAUUAUUCACCUUUAAACUGAGGCCUUUAGGGAAACUUUUGCAAAGGGCAGUAACAAAUUAACCUUUUAAUGGUGGUAUAGGAACCCUCCAGGGAAGAGGCCGAACCGGACCUCAGGGACCUUUUUUUUUGUUUUUCUGGUGUGUUUUAUAUGAAACGACAAGGCCCAGGGAAUGGACUAAGAUGCUUUCUCCAGGCCCAGAGCAGCUCAUUCUUGCAGAGGUACAGGAGGGGAGGAAAUCAUAAGACAGUGUUCUGAUUGGCAGUGAACUUGCCUUAGUGUGAUGACAGAAAACAGCAAGAAAGUUAAUCUGGGGACCAACACCCAUGCACAGCUUUAUCUCCGUUAGGUUCCUCGCUAGUGGGCGGAGGAUCCAAGAAAAGUCCAGUCCCGGGCUUUCCCCUGCCCUGCUCAGCUCCACCAUGUCCUGCAGCCAGUGAGGAUCCUGCAGACCCAGAUGCUUAUUUCCUUAGGCCGCCCCCCCCCGCAUUUCAGGAAAACCGUUUUCUGAAUCAGGUAGCAAAAGAGAAGGAGUUAAGAGCUCCUUUUACUCCCAAGUUGUGGAUUUUUAAUAUUCCAUUGUGUUACUAAUAUACCUCUGUUCCCAGGAGCCAGUGGAGUACUGAGUAUUAUGGGGAAAGCCUAACUGUGAAUUAAGUUAAUGUUUUUUCUUAUAAGAAAUGGAAGUUUAUUUUUAUAUCAAUAUUACUGUGUGAUGAAAUGAGUAUGCAGAUGUUAGAAUGGAAGGAAAUUUCCAAACUGUAAUCCUAGAAGAAAUGGGCAGUUUGGGAAUUUAGAAGCAACUGAGACCCCAUAAAUGUUUUAUGACUUUAGAUGUUUUGGAGAGUGAACAAGGACUGUGAAAUCUUUUUCUUAUACAUAUGUUUUUAUUCAUUUAAGAGAGAGAAGGGAGAGGAAUAGAGAAACGUUGACCUGCCUCCUUGCAUGCCCACUGGUGGGCAUGUGCCCUGACCAAGAAUUGAACCUGUGACCUCUUAGUUCAUGGAUUGAUUCAUGGAUUGAUGCCCAACCACUGGGCCACCCUGGCUGGGCAGGACUGUGAAAUCUAGUCGCACUCUGUAGGAGAUAGACCUGACAGUCCUAGGGAGGGUGACAUAGAGUCCCCAACCUAAAGUAAAACUCUCAUGCAAAGGGGGCAAAUGGAAUAAUGCUGAUUAGGCCUCUUGACUGUGGGAGGCAGUUUUAUAACUGGCACUUUAACUCACGUUUGGAGCUGGAGAACAGGGGCAGCUGGAUGAAGCUGCACAUUAAGAAAGGAAAUCAGCAUUUUCUAAUGCUGUAAAGGUAAUGAUGGGGCAGUAAAGCUCUGCUUUCAUUUCUUCCGUUUAUUAUAGAAGCUCAGCAUAGCAUGGGCUUCCAGAGGCAGUAGGCCCUACAUUCAGAAACUUGAAUUACUUAAUGGGAGGUCAGUGUGAAUCACCUGUUUGCGGUGGAAAGCCCAGUUAGACUGAAGAUCAGUUUGCUUUGCUUUCUAAGGAUAGCUGGGAAGGUGGGGCAGGGUAUUACAGAUUGGCCAGAGAUGAUCCAAAAAAGGACAAAUGUACACAGAGGUCACUGAGUUAGUUGAUUGCUAAUUUGACAUUCGAGUGAAAACUUCCUCUGGGCAAAUUAAGCUAAGAAAAAGUAUAAACAUACUUUUGAAGUGGCAUCAGGAAAAGUGUUUCAGUCUAGCGUGCUUAGGGAGACCACAGUGAGGGGAGGUGUAGAUUUUGGGCUUUUGUCAGACCGGGUGGGAGGGGCCAUUAGGGGAGAGUAGAAAACAAAGGUAACAUCCUUUAUUUACCCCAAGCUUGUGGGCUAAACUUUUUGUGGGUCUGAGAAAUAAACCCUUUCUGAAAAAGUUGUAGCUUUGGAAAAGAUUUUCCUAUUUUUCCCAAGUUAGGAAAAGCAUAGUGUCCCUUGUCACCUUAAAUGUCCAGCCCCUAUUUUGAUUAACACCCCAGUAUAAGAGUUAUAGCAAUAAGAGGAACUGAGUCUACUUUUGUUUCAAAUCUUUACCUCAUCUUAUGACAUCAGUACGUCAGUUGAUAAACUUUACCCUGAGUACUACUGCUUAUAGGUAUGUUAUUCUUGCUCUGUUUUCAAUGGUGAUAAUUUUAAAGGCCCAGAAAAAGUUAGGAUUAUCCUGAGUUUCAAAGUGUUUCUUGAACUGAUUUUGUUCUGUGGUACAAAUAACAUCUGUGUAUAUCAUAUCUGUAUAUAUCUGAACCAAGUUGUGUGUAGAGAGGCUGAUAUAACUAUAUUUACAGAAAAUAAUUUUUACAAUUAAAAUUCACAUUUUAACAUGAA